AUGGCAGGAAAGAGGAAACACACGAAGACAUCAGACGUUACCGCAGAUGACAGCUAUGAAGACAACAAACAAAAGCCACAAAUCUAUGCGAAGGACUCAAUGGACAGAUUCGGUGAUGAUUUGUGUCAACUCUUGUUAUCCUAUCUGACACUCGCAGACCGUUUUGCCACCGAAUGUGUGUCUAAACAGUUAAGGAGGACUGUCUUCGCGAGUGUUGUGGACAUCACUCUUGACGACAAACUCAUUAGUAAAACACAGGGAAAGGAAUCGAUAGAAGACUUUAAUAAUAUCAUAACUUUAAGCCAUAUAUCGCUGCAAACAAUUGCCAAAAAGUGUGCAAACAUUGCGACCAUUGACUGCACAGGAAUGGUAUUGUCUGACAAACACAGUCCCGAAGUGUUGGGCAUAUUUCGAUACAAUUGCCGGCAUUUACAGGAAAUUUACUGCAAAUUAUUAUCGUAUCAAUUGUUCCCAUCGUUUGGAUCUCUAAUCACACGAAUCUAUUGUAUGGAUUCACCGAAGAGUCAGUCACUCAUUCAAUUGCACCGAUUGUCUCAAUUACAUGCCUUCGAGUUGUCCGACGCCUUCGACAUCACUUCCGGACAGUUAUUGGCGAAGAAUUUACGCAAAUUUUCAUAUAUUCGUGAAUCAAUUUAUAAUAGUCAACAGUUGUCCGCAUUUGUGGCACACAAUCAGUCGCUUAAAAGUCUUGGCCUAAGAACUCAUGAAACAGAUACUAACGAAACGCGGACCGAAAUGUGCGGACAAUUGUCACGAUUAACGCAAUUACGGGAAUUAUCGAUAUAUUUUGUGCUAACGAAUGGUCACAACUCAUUGAACGCGUGUUUGCGUACAAUUGGCUUAAACUGCAAACAAUUGCGCCGAUUGUCACUCGCGUUGCACUCAACUGAUCCCCAACUCUAUGGCAAUACAAUGGAUUCGUUGAGAGUUUAUUCCCGAUUAAAACGAUUGGAUUUAUUAAUACUUGAAAGUAUUGACGAGAAACUGUUGGAACCGUUAAAACUCUGCCACCGAUUAACGCAUUUAACACUCGAUAUACAGCAAAUGAGUGAUAAAUUACUGGAUAAUUGCGGUAACCAUUGGCCACGACUUCAAUACCUAACCAUCAGAUCCGAUGCAAUCACUGCAGAGUGUUUGGUUAAUAUCUCGAGACUACCGGCGCUGCAGACACUAGACAUCCGAUGCCGUCAUAGCAUUGAUCUCUUGGAUAAUGAUUUCUAUGAUCUGUUGUCGAGAAGUCCUAAACUAAAGGACAUUAAAAUCAUUGAAAAAUAUGUUAAGAAGUGUGGGAGGGCUGACAGGAGAGGGGGCCCCCGUGGAGGACAGGGAGGGGCCAGUAAUCGUAAAUGCGAUGACAAUUUGAAUGAAUGA